GUACUCAGCAUCCGGCGAGGAAACAGAAUUCGAAGGAAAAGAACAGCCACAGCACAGCGAGGACCUGAACCGGUCCUUGACAGCAAUCGCUGUGCAUGUCUCAAACCUCGCUCCCAAGUUUUUCACUUUACAAAGCUCUGCCUACGUCCCUGAGCUGGAGGCGUGCGGCCGGCUCGUGUGCUGCGCGCAGAGGCUGUGCAGAAGCGGAAGUGCACCAGAGGAGGCCGAGCAACGAAUCAAUCGAGGUCGAAGAGGAGCACAGGCGGGCCCCGAAUUGGAGGGGCCGUCAGGCUCGGAGGAUGGCAUCCUUCCGAUCCCAGUCAGCCCUAGCCCAGCGUCCACGUCCUCGCAGGAGGAUGCCUGCAAACCACCCCCGCGUAACUGCUACCGCCUGGUUAUGCUCGGCAGCGCAAGGGUCGGCAAAACCGCCAUUGUAGCACGAUUUCUGUCCAACAAAUUCGACGAGUGUUACACGCCGACGAUCGAGGACUUCCACCGGAAGCUGUACAGGAUUAAAGGCGAGGUGCAUCAGCUCGAUCUCCUGGACACCAGCGGGAACCAUCCGUUCCCUGCCAUGCGGCGAUUAUCCUUCCUAACAGGAGAUCUGUUCGUGGUGGUGUUCAGUUUGGACUGUCGGGAAUCAUUCGAGGAGGCCAUCAGACUGCGUGAAUCGAUCCUAGAGACUAAAGUGAGCGCGACCCAAAGCGCGACCAAGAGCAGGAGCAGGAGCCAUUUCAACCUGAAGGUUCCUAUGGUCAUCGUCGGAAAUAAAUGUGAUAAGGAAACAAAAACGGUGACGGUCGAGGAGGCCGAGGAGUACUGCAACAGCCAGGACGAUUGCUGCGUUUUCGUCGAGGCGUCCGCAAAGAGGAACUACCACGUGGAAGAGCUUUUCUACCAACUGUUCGUAGUGGCCGGCUUGCCGUUGGAAAUGGCGCCGAAUCAUCACAGAAAAGUUCCACUCACUUUCGGUUCCCCUACUAUGUUACCACCGUCACAGCCGAGGCACAAAGCCACCCUGAGUAUAAAGCGGCGGCUGAGCGACGCGUGCGGCGUCGUGGCGCCGAACGUGCGCCGACCAAGCAUCAGGACGGACCUGAUGAUCAUGAGGACGAAGACGUGCUCCCUCGCAGCCGGGAACGAGAACAACGCGCCGGGAUCCAGAAUCACACUGCGAACCACCGACGCCAGGAAAACCUGUACCAUUCAGUGAUACCUCUCGCGGGGAAUCCUACUCGUGAGAAUGAACCCUCGAAAAUCCUCGGAUGGGUCCCGGGAUCUCAAGGACGAUCCUCGCCGAUGAACGCGAUCCCCUCGUGCGACGAGACGUUCCAGUAAAAGAGGAUGGUUUCUUCCUUUCUUUUUAACGCUCGCUCAUUCAUCGAGCGUAUCAAACGGAAUACGGAGAACAAAGAGGAGAAGAAAUAAAGAAAUGUUCGUGGUUCAUCCACAGGGUGGGCAGGAAUUCGUAGUACAACCGAGCAGGGGGAUGAUUCUACGUUAAAAAAAUAAAGAAAAAAUUUGGUAUAACAUUUUUUUAUCUGUUCGGCUCGGUUUUCGAGAAAAUCGACUUUGAAGUUUGUUCAUCUUUGCGAACGAUUUAGUUGUCUAUUCUUUUACCGCGGUUGUCUCCGUCCGAGAUGGUGUUUACAAACGUUAUUCAUUGUGUGGUUAAAGCAGUACAAAGUGUUCCGACUGAUAAUUAACUUUUUAUUCCUUAUUGCUACUUUCUGUUGCAAUACUACGAUACAGUACGCUGUUACAAGUAUUGUUGAAAAUGUCCUCCUCGUUGCUGCAUACGCAAGUUUGCUCGACGAAUUAAUGAUAUCUGAACGGAAUGUAAGCUGAUGUCGUUUUUUUCAUUUCUCGAAUUCCUCCAUAAUCUUUUGCUUCAAAUGUGUAAUAUUUGAACUAUUGUCUUUAUAAACUUGUUCUUUGAUAUGCUCCAUAAAAAAGAAUCUAGAGGCGUGAAGACCGGGGACAUUGGUGGCCAACGUACCUUACCAUCGCGGCCGAUUCAACGCGAAUACGUUUGAUUUAAAAAAAAUUUUCAACCUCCCACGUGUAAUGUGGCGGUGCACCGUCAUGUUGGAAAAUCACACUUCUUAUAGCAGCUAAGGGUACAUCCUCUAACAACGAAGGCAAUUCAAUGCAUAGAAACUCAAAGAUGAACAAACUUUAAAGUCGAGUUUCUCGAAAACCGAGCCCCAGAUAAAAAUAUGUUAUACCAAUUUUUCUUCUCAUUUUUUGACGUAGAAUCAUCUCCUGCUCGGUUGUACUACGAAUACCAGCCAACUCUGUAUAUAUUGCGAAUCGAUAUAUCGCGGUAUUGUUUUUGUACGUUUGGUGUGAUGCACAAGCAUGGACGAGAGGGAUCGUCUGGGCGAGGAUCGUCUGGAAACGAGGAGGAACGUUUGAACCGACCACGCUGCUCGCCUUAAUUAAUUAAAGAAACUAGCUCUCUAGCGUAGCUAAGUCCCGGGAGUGACAUGCAUUAUUAAAGUAAGACACAAUCGUCAGAGGGUCAAUCGUCGUCAAGUUAAUCAACGUUCAACGUCGAUGGAGAAAAGCGCAGGAGCGGCAACGCUCUCAGUUCGCGGCUGAAACGAAAGAGAAAGAGAGAGAGAGAGAGAGAGAAAAUAUCUCUAGAUCUUUCGGUACGCUACAUCAAGCUACGAACAGUCGACCAUUCUUAUUCUUUAGCCGAUGUAAUUGAAUCUUCUUUCACUUAUCGAGAGCUUUCGCGACCGAGAGACCUGUCGAACAAUUUUCCUCUGGACAAUUUCUUUUUCAUUGGUAGAGAGAGA